CGCCUGCUCCUCCUCCGCCCCAUCUCCGCAUUCCCCUCCCCUUUUGAAAGAAACACAGGCAGCGCGACAGAGAGAGACCGAAGCCCUUGACGGCGACUCACGACGGCGCGAUGCUCCAGAGGCUGGGCCUGCGCGGGAGCCCCAGCGCCGCGGCGGGCGACGCGGCGGCCGCCUCCCCCGCCUCCUCCCCCGCGGCGCCCGCCGCGGCGGGGGGCCUGGGCCGCCCGCUGCGGCUCGUCUACUGCGACGACAAGGGCAAGUUCGUCAUGGACCCGGAGGCCGUCGCCGCGCUGCAGCUCGUCAAGGGCCCCGUCGGCGUCGUCUCCGUCUGCGGCCGCGCGCGCCAGGGCAAGAGCUUCGUCCUCAACCAGCUUCUAGGGCGAAGCAGUGGUUUUCAAGUUGCAUCGACACACAAACCUUGCACCAAGGGACUUUGGAUGUGGAGUGCACCUUUGAAGAGGACUGGUCUUGAUGGAACUGAAUACAAUCUUGUAUUAUUGGACACUGAAGGCAUUGAUGCUUAUGACCAAACGGGCACCUACAGUAUCCAAAUAUUUUCGUUGGCUGUUUUGUUAUCAAGCAUGUUCAUAUACAACCAGAUGGGAGGGAUAGAUGAAGCCUCAAUUGACCGUCUUUCACUAGUCACAGAAAUGACAAAGCACAUACGGGUUAGGGCCUCAGGUGGAAGGUCCAGUGCCUCUGAACUUGGGCACUUCUCACCUGUCUUUGUUUGGCUGUUGAGGGACUUCUACUUGGACCUGUCUGAAGACAACAGAAAAAUUACACCAAGAGAUUACCUUGAACUAGCUCUAAGGCCUGUUCAAAGUGGCGGAAGAGAUGUAUCUUCUAAGAACGCGAUACGGGAGUCAAUCCGCGCUCUUUUUCCAGACAGGGAAUGCUUUACACUUGUGCGACCUGUGAACAAUGAGAAAGAUCUCCAGCGCCUUGAUCAACUUCCUAUGAAUAUAUUUCGUCCAGAGUUUACAUCUGGCCUGGAUGCUUUCACAAAAUUUGUGUUUGAUCGCACAAGACCUAAACAACUUGGAGCUAGUACCAUGACAGGCCCCAUCCUUGCUGGGCUGACACAAUCAUUUCUUGAUGCGAUUAAUACUGGUGCAGUCCCGACAAUAUCUUCUUCAUGGCAGAGUGUGGAGGAAGCUGAAUGUCGUAGGGCAUAUGAUUCUGCUGUGGAUACUUACAAUUCUUCUUUUGACUGCAAAAAACCAGCAGAAGAGGAUGCUUUGCAAGAAGCACAUGAACGUGCAAUGAACAAGGCCAUUAGUGUUUUUAAUGCCUCUGCUUUUGGUGCUGGGUCAGCUCGUUCUAAAUUUGAAAAGCUUCUUCAGACUACUCUAAGGAAGAGAUUUGAGGAUUUUAAAAGGAAUGCUUUUCUAGAGGCCGAUUUGCAAUGUUCAAAUAAAAUACAGAGCAUGGAGUCAAAAGUGCGGGCAGCAUGUAACCGUCCUGAUUCAAAGUUGGAUGAUGUAGUCAGGAUCCUCGAUGGCCUCCUCAUGGAGUAUGAGGCGACUUCUUAUGGGCCGAAGAAAUGGACAAAGCUCGUUACAUUUCUGCAUCAGUGUUUGGCGGGCCCAAUGCUAGACCUUUUCAGAAAACAAUUGGAGCAUAUAGAUGCUGAAAGGAAUGCCCUGAGACUGAAAUGCAGUUCAAGCGAUGAUAAGGUAUCAUUGCUCAGGAAGCAACUAGAGGCAAGUGAGGGGCACAGAGCUGAGUAUUUAAGGCGCUAUGAGGAAACUAUCAAUGAUAAGCAGAAAAUGUCAAAGGAUUACUCUGUUCGAAUAGCUGAACUUCAAAACAAGGUUAGCAAGUUGGAUGAACGCUGUCAGAGCUUGUCUUCUGCCCUUGAACAAGCAAAACGAGAAUGUGCUGAUUGGAAGAGCAAAUACGAUCACUGCAUUUCACAGCAGAAGGCAGAUGAAAGCAAGUUAAAAUCCCUGAUUGCUUCUCUGGAAUCUCGGGUAAGCAUCAGUGAGGGCAGAUUAUCUGCUGUACGAGAGCAGGCUGAAUCUGCUCAAGAGGAAGCUUCUGAGUGGAAACGUAAAUAUGAAUAUGCUGCCAAUGAGGCCAAAACAGCUCUUGAAAGAGCAGCUUCAGCACAGGAACGCACAAAUAAGAAAGUGCAAGAAAGGGAAGAUGCAUUGAGGGCAGAACUUGCCACCCAGCUGCACGAGAAGGAAGAACUGAUAGCUACAUUGAAUGCAAAAAUCAACCAAACUGAAGUUCACAAGACAAGUUUGAUGUCGAGGCUUGAGGUUACUGAAGCAAAGUUGAAGAACCACGAGUCAGAUUCAGUGGCUCUGAAGGGAGAAAUCAGAUCAUUGACUGAUAACUUGGAGUCUAUUAAAACUGAAGCUCAGUCCCGUGAGAAGGAAGUGAGGAUCCUGGAACAAGAAAAGAACCAUCUUCAGGAGAAGUUCCUAUCUGAGUGCAAAAAGUUUGAUGAGGCCGACAUGAGGUGCAAGGAUGCUGAAAGGGAGGCUAAACGAGCAGUCGAGUUGGCUGAUUUAGCUCGUGUAGAAGCUGCUGCUGCUCAGAGAGACAAGGGUGAAGCUCAGCGACUAGCAAUGGAGAGACUCACUUUGAUAGAAAGAAUGGAGCGACAGGUUGAAACUCUAGAGCGCGAGAAAAGUAAGAUGGUGGAAGAAAUGGAGCGGCUUCAUCAGUCUGAGUUGGAUGCUCUAUCCAAGGUCAGGAUGCUUGACGAGAGGGUUGAUGAGAGGGAAAAGCAGAUUGGGGAGAUGUUGGAACAGAACAACCAGCAGAGGUCCAACACGGUCCAAGUGCUUGAGAGUCUGCUGGCAACAGAGCGUGAAGCUUGCGCUGAAGCCAAUAAGAGAGCCGAGGCCCUGUCACUGCAGCUGCAGUCAACCCAAGGCAAGCUGGACAUGCUCCAGCAGGAGCUCACCUCUGUUCGGCUCAACGAAACUGCACUUGACAGCAAGGUGAAGGCCUCCUACUCUAGGCGCACGAGGGGCGAAGCCACCGAGUCCGUCCAUUACAUGGACGUCGACAACGACGACACCGGGAGGCGAAGGAAAAGGUCGAAGAGCACAACGAGCCCGUUCAAGAACAAUCACACGGAGGAUGGCGGAUCCGUGUUCUUCGGAGAGGACACGAACAACGGGAGCCAGCAGUUGGAGGGGACGGAGACCGAGACCGAGGACUACACCAAGUUCACGGUGCUGAAGCUGAAGCAGGAGCUGACCAAGCAGGGGUUCGGCGCCCAGCUGCUGCAGCUGAAGAACCCCAACAAGAAGGACAUCGUCGCCUUGUAUGAGAAGCACGUCGUUGGCGGCGCUUGACUGCCUCUUCCUCAACAAUAUGUAACACAUCAUUUUAACUCGUGUGCUAAUUCUAGAUUUCGUGCAGCGUUGUGUGCUGGUGACACGUUUUAGGUCAGAUUGUGAAACAGCAUAUGUAUAACUUGGCGUGGGACUUGUUGGUUUGUGGACUUUGUUGUUCAGGAUCUGUGCGCUUUGCUUUCUUCACUUGCACAUAAACUUUCCUGAGCCUUGUUUCA